GGCCUCUUUCAGUGAUCAGUUUCUAUCCAAAAACCUUCCAGUAAAGUAUCUUAUCCGCGAUACUUUAUUUUUUGUAAUUACAUAUUAUAUUUAGUUCUAUGUCGAUUAAGUCAACUUUUAUGCUUUUGACGUGAAAACAAAAAUUCAUAGAAACUACUUUUUCAUCAAAAAUAAUCAAAAUCUCACUGAUAUCACAAUGAGAUUCCAUCCAAGUAUAAUUUUUUUUGUAUUACUUAUUUUUACUCAAGGACUGGCACAAAAAGAACAGCAAGAAGACCCGUGUCAAACAAAGGCUCGAGUAGUCGGGGACAUCGAUUAUUGUGACCGUUAUUGGGAGUGCAUUAAUGGCCGUCCUGAACUAUUUGAUUGCCCAAAUGGACUAGUAUUUGCCGGAAAACAUCGCGGUGUUACAGAGGGUUGUGAUUAUCCUUGGAGAGCUAAUUAUUGCGAUGGAAAAAGACAAGCAAAUCCACCAAUCGGUGCCGAGCAUUGUGACUGGCUUUAUGGAAUUUUCGGACAUGAAACAUCUUGUACCAGAUAUUGGACUUGUUGGAAUGGAACGUCCACGGAACAGUUGUGCAUCGGUGGACUGUUAUACAAUGAAAGAUCAAGAUCUUGUGAUUGGCCUGAAAAUGUUGACGGCUGUCAAAAACAUCCUCUCUGUAAUGAUGAUGCAAAUGGCAACGUACCACUUGGAAAGUCUUGUAAUCGGUAUUGGCAAUGCCAAGGUGGCUACCCUCGUCUCCAGAGAUGUCCAGCAAUGCUUGUCUUUGACAGAAGAUCUUUAAGAUGUGUGGUUCCCCCAACUGAAGAUUGCGAUGUGCCAACGACUCCACCUACUUUGGACGGUGAAUUACCGGAUGAUCGCAACGAACAAGAACCUGAAGAAGAAAAUCUUCCUCCAGGUGUACCUCCCUUACCAUCUGGAGCUGUACCUAUACCCUUGAGAGCUCGACCAAGGAACUAAAACCUAGCAAUUAAAAUAAUCACGAUCUAAAGUAAUAACAGCGUAUUUUCGUAAUUGCUAAAUUGAAACAAUUUUUUAAUGUUUCCUACAUAAUAUAAUAAUUAUUGACGAAAGAAAAAAUCAAAACAUAUUUUUAAUUAUAAAACAAUUUUCUUUAUAAAAGUUUUUAAGGUAGGAACUAGAUUAUCUUAAAGUAUUUUAACAACGAAUUUGAUGGAAAAAUAUAUUCUUCGACAUUUGCAAUAUUUGAACUAUCCAUUUUCUAAUCUUACAGAUAGAAUAUAAAAAUAUUAAAACAUUCUAUUACUUCGUUCAAAAUAUGACUUUUAGAAACAAGAAGCUUUUUUUUUUUGUUGCACAUAUGAAACUUUUGCGAUUUAAAGAAUGUUGUAAAUAAUUUUAAGUAUUGUGAAGGAAAUUUUGUUAUUUUUACAGUACUUUUUAGAAAACAAUGUAUCUGUACACUGAUAAUUUUAGAUUAC